GAGGGUCCCGGGCAGCCCGGAGGACUGACAGUGACACCGCCACGCCGGCGGUAAAGCCUAUUUUGAUCCCCGCCCUGUUCCUCUUGCUCCUCCUAACCCCUUCCCCCUUCGCCAAUUCCGGUACAGAACUUUAAAAAUAUUCUUCCCAGUUGAAACGUAGGACCAAUUUCGUGAACACCAUCCGGGAUGGUGAACAUGGCGGCGGCCGUAGGGUGUCUCGGUCGAGUCUUGAGACAUCAUCAAAGGCAUUGUCUUUCCAAGAUGGUUUGUCAGACAUCUCUUUAUCCUUGUUCUAUAAACGUUCAGGUGCCCAACAGACAUUUUGCUGCUGCUAAGAAGCCUGCAAAGAAAACAAAAAAAAGUGCUAAAGACAAAGCACCAGAUGAGAAAAAAGAGGACAUAGAGAAAAUAAAGGCAUUACCGUACAUGGAAGGUGAACCUGAGGAUGAUGUCUAUUUAAAACGGUUAUACCCAAGGCAGAUAUAUGAUGUGGAGAAAGCUAUUCACUUACUUAAGAAAUUUCAAAUUCUUGACUUUACUUAUCCAAAGCAAGGUGUUUUUCUUGAUUUGACAUUGGAUAUGGCACUGGGAAAGAAGAAAAAAGUGGAGCCAUUUGCCAGUGUUCUUAGGUUACCAUACCCAUUCUCCUCAGAAGCCAAUAAAGUUGCUGUAUUUACGUGGAAUGCAUCAGAGGUUAAAAUAGCAGAAGAUAACGGAGCUGCUUUUGCAGGAGGAACUAAUCUGAUUCAGAAGAUUUUGGAUGAUGAAAUCCAUGUAGACUUUUAUGUAGCUGUUCCAGAAAUAAUGCCUGAGCUUAAUCCAUUGAAGAAGAAACUGAAAAAAAGAUUUCCAAAGCAUACUCGAAAUUCCAUUGGCCGUGACAUCCCCAAAAUGCUUGAACUAUUUAAAAAUGGACAUGAAAUUAAGGUAGAUGAAGAAAGGGAGAACUUUCUUGAGACCAGGAUAGCAACAUUGGAUAUGUCAAGUGACCAGAUAACUGCCAAUCUGCAAGCAGUUAUUAAUGAUGUUUGUAGGCACAGGCCACUGAGUUUAGGUCCCUUUGUGGUACGCGCUUUCCUUCGUAGUUCAACAAGUGAAGGUUUGUUACUAAAGAUUGAUCCAUUGUUGCCUACAGAAGUAAACACUGAAGAAAGUAGCAAAGAAGCUGCCUAAAUGUGUUGAAUUGUGAAAUUAUUUUUUUAAUGGAUUAAGAAGAGAGAAAAUGAUAAAACUGCAUAAUUUCUGCAUUUGGCGUCUUGUCUUGUUAUUUCUUGACCAUCUUACUUGAAAGUGAAUUUCAACACUGAAAAAAUCUUACACAAUGUCAUGACUAAGAAAAUAAAAUUUUCCCUGUGUCUGAA